UCCACAGUUUGUCCCGUAUGCCCCGUAAACCGGUCGCACAUGGCCUGAAUUUUCUCAUCUUCAAGGUCCUCCGCCGCUGUCAAGACGGCGGCCUGGCUCCCAUUGUCAGCGGUUGGUCGCGGGGUGGUCGAGAAUUCAAUGCCUCCUUUGCGAGCUCGACGGGGCCGUCGGAGGCGCAUCACAUCCGUAAGUUGAGUAGCGGCAUCGGCGCCUUGAUGGGCCUGAGAAGUAGAAGAAUGACUGGCCUCUGUUCCGUUCACCCCGGCUGGCGCUUCAUCUUGAUCUUCUGCUGUAGGAUCAGGACGACGGCGCAAGAACUUUCGUCUCUUGACCGGUCGAAAGAGAGUUUCAGGAUUUGGGCCAAAUUCCGUAUCCAUGACCAUCACAAAUGACCAUAGGCUAUGGAGAUGGAAAAGUUGAAAGAUAGGGGAAACGUAGAUGGAUCAAAAAGUUGCGAAAGAAGGUGGCCAAAAAGAGGCCUGCCUCUUAGGGUCGGCGGUCGUUGGAGGGCGUCGCGCUCUUUUCUGCGGGAGGUUCCAUCCGCGCCAACCUACGCCGUGGUGAUCUCCGCCGCGAAUAACAUCCAUCGUCUUCGCACAACCCUGCGUGACUCCAACCCCUUGAUUCUGGUGUCGCUUGGAUUGUCUCUUCAAAGGUCAUCGCCCAAGGCAUCAAACUUUUCUCAAAGCCGUCAUACAGGCUGUGUCCACGCCGUCCGGGCACCCUUCAAUAUGAACCCUUCAAUCCCACCUUCAGCUGCCGAAUAUGGCGGAGAUGAGGUUUCGGCUAUUGUUCUUGAUCCCGGAUUUUCAACGACACGCGCUGGCUUUGCGGGGGAGGAUACGCCGAAAUCGCUGAUCCCGACCUACUAUGGAAAAUACUCUUUCGAUGGACAAGAAAAGUUCAUAUAUGGUGACGACGUCUUUGUCACUCCCCGCCCCGGCCUGUCGGUUCACAAUCCGAUAGGCAGAGAUGGAAUCGUGGAGGAUUGGGAUAUGGCAGAGAAAGUGUGGGAAUACUCAUUUACAUCGCGAUUGACUGGUGCUAAACCGGGAAAUCCCUUUCAAAACGGUCUGAACGAUGUCGCCGAUGGUGAGCUGCCUGCGGAAAUGGAGGGAGUCGAAGCUGAAGAGAAACCUCUCGCGGACAGCCCGCUCCUCAUGACUGAGUCCGGGUGGAAUCCUACAAAAGCACGCGAAAAGACCAUCGAAAUCGCCAUGGAGAAAUGGGGGACGCCAGCUUUCUACAUAGCAAGAAACGGCGUUUUGGCAGCUUUUGCUGCCGGUAAGGCUUCUGCUCUUGUCGUUGACAUUGGUGCUUCCAAUAUCUCCGUGACGCCGGUUCAUGAUGGAAUGAUUUUGAAGCGGGGCGUUCAGCAUUCUCCUUUAGGUGGUGAUUAUAUCUCGUCGCAGAUUCGCGCCUUAUUCAAGGCUAACUCGCCACAACCGAUUACCAUAACGCCCCAUUAUCUUAUUUCUUCUAAAACCGCCGUCGAAGCGGGUCAGCCUCCGCAGGCCAAUUACAAGACCUUCCCACCCGAGAAGGCACCAGACUCCUCGUACCGCACGCUGCUCGAAGAACGAACGCUCUCGGAAUUCAAGGAGUGCGUCGUCCAGGUUUGGCCGGGGCCCAACAAGCUUUCUGCGACUGGUCUAAACGGCGUCUCAAAUGAAGAGAUUGCGAAGAGCAGCCCGGGUCGGCCCUAUGAGUUUCCCGAUGGUUACAACCAGGUGUUUGGCGUCGAUCGAUAUAGGGUGGUAGAAUCCUUGUUCGAUGCCAAAGCCGCCAUUCCGGACCCCGAGUCGUCGUUCCCCGCGCCAACCCAAGCGCAAACUGUCCCAGAACUCAUCAAGAGCGCCCUGAAUGGCGUUGACGCUGACAUCCGUCCCCAUUUGCUAGCCAACGUCGUCGUGACCGGUGCUUCGAGCUUGCUUUAUGGCUUCACCGACCGCUUGAACCAGGAGCUCAUGCAGACCUUCCCCGGCCCGCGGGUCAGGAUUUCGGCUCCUGGGAACACCGCAGAGCGAAGAUUUGGCUCCUGGGUUGGAGGUAGUAUCCUCGCCAGUCUGGGUACCUUCCAUCAAAUGUGGAUUUCAAAGAAGGAGUACGAUGAGCAUGGCCCGAACAUCGUUGAGAAGCGUUGCAAGUAAACACUAUAUACGUCAUGAUCAGUCGCAUCAUCGACUUCCCCAAAUAUCUACCCAUUUUCAUUUAUCUACCUACACCUUUUUUUCUUUUCUGGGAACUUGCUCAUGCCCACUUCAAUGGUGUGAUCUCCUUUACUUAGUUGGGGGGCGUACUCAGUGCUACGGUCACGACUGAGAAGCUUUUGGCGAUGUUUCCCAAGAAGUCGCAAAGCAACUGGAAGUUAUUCUUCGCAUUAGAUUAUCUGUACGAGUAAUGCCAUUCAAUUCCCUUGGUUUUCAGUCCUGCACUGUUCCUACCUACAGCAAAUUUAUCAUCAUCUUGACCACUUGCCAUUUGGCUUGUUCUUUCCCUCUUCUCUUUCUCCUUUCUAUAGAACUUGGAGUGGGAUAUCUUGAAUACUAUUCUACCAUGUAUGAAUUUUGAUCUCACGUAUAGGUAAUAAUUCGCCAAAGAUAAAUGGU